UACUUUUCACUUGCUUUAAUAAGAAACAAUUUCAUUUUACUUCUAGAUAAGAGUUUCGAUUGUACGUCAGUGAAUAUUAAACGGAACGCCGAGGAGAAAAUAUGUGGUAUUUACUUUCUCUUGUGAUCACGCUGCUUAUAAAUUGCAAGUGCGUUGAUAGUGCCACUGAGUCAACCAUCAGUCGAGAAGAGUUUGAAAACCUUAAAACUUCACUUCACCGACAGGAAAAAUUGAUAGAAAAGCAAGACAGGAAAAUACAAGAUCUUCAGGCAACCGUUUCCCGGUGUGCAGAACUUAGUCAGCGACAAGAAAAUGAUAUUUCACGACAGUCGGAGCAGAUCCGUCAACUCAUCAGCUUUAUAUCUGGCUUUACCGGCCAGAAUAAGCGGCAUGAAAACUCUGGAGACACUGUGAAAAUUCCUGCAAUUGAGAGAAGUUAUGUCAAGUCUGCACCAAAGGUUAAAAGAUACGAACCAAACACGGUUGCCUUUUUUGCAACAGUCUCUGUAACUUCGUUGGAUCAUCUAGGGGGUCAUCAAAACAUCGUUUUUGAUGACAUCGUCACAAAUAUUGGAAAUGGUUAUAACAAUCACCAUGGAGUGUUUGUCGCCCCUGUUAGUGGUCUCUAUCUUUUCACAACCAGUAUAAUGUCACAGCAGAACAUGGAAUUCUGGGUAAACCUUGUGGUAAAUGGAAAUAUCAUCGUAAACCUGAAUGAGCGUGGGACAGAUGGUAGACAUGGAAGCGGGUCACAAACGAUAAUUGUUAGCCUUAACCAAGGAGAUGAUGUCGCUGUACAAAAUGCACACAAUGAUGAUGCUUUCUAUGGUGAUAAAUAUUCCAGCUUUGGUGGCUAUCUCAUACAGGAGCUUGUAUCGGAAACAUCUUCAAUUGUCGGAUAACUUACGUGUUCAAUUUCAGAUCAUUCUGUCAAUCCG